AUGCCCCUCUCUAUACCCCAUCCCGUCGACAAAAAUCGCAGAUACGAUUUUCCGAACGCAUACCCCAAUGAAAACGAUCCAGAACUGUCAGUGUCCAACUUCUCGCGCCUGCAUGAGACACGCAUGACGGAUGUCUUUCGCGGACAACUUUCCGAACCCUGUAAUGGUUCAACUGACAUUGUCUGCAAAUUGGCCUAUGGUCUAAACAACGUCAGGAAACUGGAGCACGAAGCCGGACUCUACAGAGGUAAGCUGAAAGCUCUGCAAAAGACGGUGGUUCCGACUUGCCACGGGUACUUUGUUGGGCACACGGAUGACGGGAUCAUUGGCUGCCUUGUCCUUGACUACUGCGGGGGACCAGUCGAUCUUGUGUUCUCAGCAUUGCCUCGUAGUUUCAGGCUUGAUUUGGUAGAUGCGAUAUGCCACAUACACGAGGCAGGGAUUGUACAUAAUGACUUCGCUGAACGAAAUGUUCUUGACCACAAUGGGGUGCCCAUCAUCAUUGGCUUCGAGGAUGCUAUCGAAGAAGUUUGUUCGUGCAAGAUGGAGAUCAUCGAGAACGCGCUCUCACCUCAUCCUGCCGACUUUGAUUGCAAAGAGUUAUUUGAUGUCUGUCAAGACCUAGGAGUGUGGAAACCCUCGCUUGUAUUCUAUGGCCGUCAAUACGUCGACGUCCACCUCCUUGAGGACGUGCAUGAACUCGUCAGAGUGGCGCCCCGGCACUGGUCGCGACAGCGUGCGUAUAGUGCCGCAUUUCGAACGAUCGAGAAGCAUACGAAGAAAUAUUAUCCUGAGCAGUACGAAGCGAUAAUGGCGAAGAGAAGUAAAUCAGCUGACACUAGCACCUCAUCGGUCUUACCUCCUGGUGGUGGCAAUGGAGUACCAACCUCUUGA